AGCCGGCUCGCCGCUACCCGCGACGCCGCCGCCGCACGCCUUGCUCAGGGCCAUGCGCCGGUGGAGCCCCGGCGCCCGCGCCUUCUCCGCGGCGCCGGCCGCGCGGGCCACCGUGCCGGUCGCGCACCUCGCCCCGCUCCCGGCGUCCCUGCCGGAGUCCGGCUACACCGUCACCCCGCCGGUCCAGCCCUGGCCGCGCCGCCUCACCGCGUGCUCGCUCUCCCGCCUCCUCCUCCUCCGCGAGCCCACGCCCGACGCCGCGGUCCUCGCCCUCCGCCACGCGCUCUUCCACGCUGCCCCUCCGCUGCCGCCCUCGCUCCCGGUCUUCGCCGCGGCCCUCUCCCGCCUCGCCCGCGCCGCCGCCUCCGACGCCGGCGCCGCGGCGCGACUCCUGCCCCCCGUCCUCUCCUUGCUCCGCGCCGCACGCCUCCCGGUCUUCUCCGACCGCCCCUUCCUGCCGCUCCUCCGCGCGCUCCGCCCGCUCCCCUCCCUCCGCCUCUUCCUCUCGCUCCCGUCCUUCAACUCCCACCCCUCCAUCCGCUCCUUCAACGCGCUCCUCCACUCCCUCGUCUCCGUGCGCCGCCUCCGCCUCGCCGCCGCGCUCUUCCGCGCUGCGCGAACCAAGCUCUACAUCACGCCCAACCUCGUAUCCUGCAACAUCCUGCUCAAGGGGCUGGUUGGCGUCGGUGACCUCGACGCUGCACUACAGGUGCUCGACGAAAUGACUGGGUGGGGGAUCGUCCCGGAUGUCGUCACCUACACCACGGUUCUCACUGCCUACUGCGGCAAAGGGGAUCUUGAAGGUGCACAGAAGCUCGUUGAUGAUGUUAUCGCCAGCGGGCGUAGGCCGGAUGCUACAAUGUACACUGUGCUCAUAGAUGGGUACUGCAUGCGUGGGAAGCUACAAGAUGCAGCUAGGAUAAUGGAUGAGAUGGAAGCUGCUGGGGUGCAGCCGAAUGAGGUUACAUACUCUGUGGUGAUUAAGGCUUGCUGCAAGGAGGGAAAAUCUGCGGAGGCACGUGAUUUGAUGAGGGAAAUGCUAGGUGCAGGGUAUGUCCCGGACACACCGCUGUGUGCUAAAGUAGUCGAUGUGAUAUGCCAGGAUGAAAAGGCUGGGGAGGCAAAUGAGAUGUGGAUAUGGAUGGUGAAGAAGAACGUCCCACCAGAUAACGCCAUCACGAGAGCAUUGAUCUACUGGUUAUGCAAGAAUGGAAUGGUUCAGGAGGCGAGGAAGCUGUUCGAUGAGCUUGAGAAGGGGCUCGUGCCAAGCUUGUUGGCGUAUAACUCACUUAUUCUAGGAUUAUGCGAGAAUGGAGAGUUACAUGAGGCUGGGAGGGUGUGGGAUGACAUGGUCGAACGGCGAUAUGAACCAAAUGCAAUGACUUAUGAGGCUUUGAUCAAGGGUUUCUGCAAAAUGGGCAAGUCAAAUGAAGGUGCUGCACUGUUUAAGGAGAUGGUGACCAAAGGAUGCACUCCAAGCAAGUUUAUUUACCAAGUAUUGGUUGAUAGCCUUUCUGAGCCAAGUCAUGAUGAUACUUUUUGCACUAUUGUUGAAGCUGCAGUUUUAAGUGGUCAUGAUUUCUCGGAUGCUAAACCGUGGGAAAUAUUUAUCAGAAAAGUGUUAGAUACAAAUGAAUCUUGGACAAAGCAUCUUGAGUUAGUGCUAACUAUGUAGCCACAAAGAAUUCAUAUUAUAGCUGGAAGCCUGGAACUUCUUAUUUGUUCUGAUAUUUUUUCUCGUGAAAAUUAUAUCAAUGGACUUCUUCAGAAAAUUAAUCAGGUCACACCAUGAGUUCUCAUGUAUACACUGGGCAGCCCUCAACAACAAUACCUUUAGCAGUUGGACAAGAAGCAAGAGGACAUCCGUCUAAAUUGUUGCCCCACCAGUUCAAACUGAUGUUCUCCAAGCCUAGGCAUAAGUAUAUCAGGACGGAACGCCAAACCAGCAUCUAGUGCACCAGAAAGCAGAUAAUUGUGUCGCUCCCACCAGUCACGCCGAUAUCUGUAAACCACAUAACCUGACAAAAACCCAACAAGUAUCCAUGUGGUGUAGUUGACUGCAGUAGCAGGUGGCAUCUGGCCAGUGGCACCGAUCAGCACGGGCAUGUUGAUGAGUAAGAUCCAGCUCUGGCCUGGGAAUGCCUUGUGUGCAAGCCAUACUAGUAGGGGAGCAAUAGCUCCACCCAAGAAGAACCAGUUCACAGCCGAGUAAGUGCCUAGGUCGCCGAAUAUUCUGCGUGGGCUAAUAAGGCCCCAUAUAACUGAUGCAUCAUAGAACACGUGAUCACCCGGGCAUGUCCAAGGGCUGUCCGGUGGGAGGAGCUCAGUGUUGCAGAUGUAGGGGAUUGUGUCCAUCAACCACCAGGCUGUUCCGAUGUAUACAAAUGCUGCAAUCAGAGUUCCGACCACCUAUCAUGUUGUAAGAAUAAGAAGCAGCUUAGUGACACUAUUGAACAGAAGCACAUAUGUAUCUCAGUAUCUGUGUAGAGAAAUGGUUAGAAGAGCUUACCUGAGCCAUAAACAUGGUCCUUGGAGGAAUCUUCAUGUAAUGACCCAGCUUAAAAUCUUGCAAAAAGGUCAGAGCUUGGCUCAUGCUGAUGUAACCAUAUACCUUGAAGCACAUAUUUGCAACAGGCCGUCCGGGGUACAAGUAGCC